UCAGCCGAGUCACACGCUCACAGAGUCACAGCCACCACACGCCGGUGACGCCCAGCCGAACUCCGGCAGCUCGCCCCCGCGGCCGCAUCUCAGGCCAACCAAGCUCCAUCGUCAUGCUGCCCCUCGCGCGCCCCGCCCACCACCCCCACCUCCGCCCUGCAUCUCGGCCCCCGCCUCCCGGGCGCUCUCCUCCCGCUCGAGCAGCUCGACCUCGCCUUCUCCACCGCCGCUCGUCCUACGCGCUCGCACUCGCCCGAGCGCAACCUCCGAGGGCGGAAGCGGGCGAGACCGAGACCAGCACCGCCGCCGCUACCACCAGCACCAGCGGCAGCGUCCUGUCGUUCCUCUGCCCGCUCCUCAAGUUCUUCGGGGGCGGGGAUCCUUCUCAGAAGCGGAAUGACAUCGUCGAGGUUGCCACAUCUUCUCUAUCAAGUUUAGCUAGACUACCGUGGGGAUCAAGUGUGGCAGCUAGUAGUGGAGAAAACGUUAGCCCAACAACAACAACAACUGCUCCAACUCUGCAGCUAUAUGAGUUUGAGGCAUGCCCCUUCUGUAGGCGAGUUCGGGAGGCCAUGACUGAACUUGAUCUCUCUGCAGAGGUUUAUCCUUGUCCCAAAGGAUCACUGAGGCAUAGAGACGUCGUCAGGAACAUUGGAGGGAAGGAGCAGUUUCCUCUUCUUGUUGAUGCAAGUACUGGCGUUACAAUGUAUGAAAGUGGAGAUAUUGUGAAGUACCUGUUCAAACAGUAUGGUCAAGGAAAAAGCCCUUCUUUUGGACUCCUUGAGAGUACAAUUUUUACAGGAUGGGUACCUACGCUUCUCCGAGCUGGAAGAGGUAUGACAAUGUGGAGCAAAGCUGGUGCAGUACCUGCAGAAAAGCUGGAACUCUUUUCGUUCGAGAACAAUACCUAUGCUAGGUUUGUCCGCGAGGCUCUCUGUGAAUUGGAGCUUCCUUAUGUUCUCCAGAACGUCGGAGAGGGGUCCUCGAAGAUGGAUUCGCUAUUGAGCAUAGCAGGUGCAAAACAGGUACCAUACCUGGUUGAUCCAAACACUGGGUUCCAGUCGGGUGACCAUAAGAAGAUACUAUCCUACUUAUUUCAACAGUACUCUAUUAGUAGCUAGCUUCUCUCUCAAAUGUUGGAAAACCACAAGCAUUCUCAGACACACUAUUUUACCACGUAGGAAGGGGGAAAUACUAAUGGGAACAUGGAUUCAUAUGAUCCUGUUUUAAGAACUUAGCAAAACAAAAAAUGUAUCUUUUAAGCUUUCAAAAAAAAAUCCAUCCAUGUAAAAAAUGGAUAUAGGCAUGCCCAUAUGAAUUUUGGUGCAAACAUAUGGUCAUUUCAUAAACUGCGGAAAAAAGAUAUCAUAUGUUUUUACCAGAAAAUGUUCUUUUCUUGCGAGUAAGUUAUGUAAGUUGUAUAUAUUGUGAAGUUACUUAUUUUGUGAUUUAUGCAUAUGUUGCAAAUGAUGAUAUUA